AUGCAGAGGCCUCCCAUCUUCAGCCCCACUUUGCAGUCGCUGCCGUCCUUGCAGGAGGAUGACGACGAGUUAUGGGUGACCGAUGACGAGUUCGACCACCCGUGCGGGCCCUGGCGGGUGCAAGCCGAUGUCGGCUGCCCAUCAGGAAACGUGGUUUGGGCUGGUCCCGGUUGCGUCCAGUCGGCUGCCGACGCGUGGCCGCCAUCCCUGCCCAGAGGCGCUUCGCUGCCCCUCGGCGUCGCGGGGGCGGCGCCAGCUGGCUCGCCGACCAGGCCGGGGCCCAGCACGCCGCCGCGCUUCGCCGCCGGGGCGGGGCUCGCCGGGGGCCGCCCCGGCGAAUGGUCCCAGCAGGCGAAUGGUCCCAGCAGGCGGGGCGGCGGAGCCGGGCCGCGCAGCACAGCCAGCGGAGUUCGGGCAGGGGCCUCCAGCAGCAGCGCGGCGCGGGCGGGCGGCGAGCAGGAGGCCGACCUUGUGCACUGGGAGCUUCAGCGCAGUGAGCUCGCUGGCAGCGUGCCGGCGCCGACCGAGGAGGCCGCGCCCUCCGCCCCUGGCGCUCCAGCCAUCACCACGCUGAUGAUCAGCGGCCUACCGAUGGCUCUCACGCAGAGAGACCUGCUGGGCCUCAUCGACCAGACAGGUUUCGCCGACUGCUACGACUUCGCGUAUAUGCCGACGGACUUCGACGCUGGGACCACGAUGGGACACGCGUUCGUGAACUUCGUCACCCCAUAUGACGCCCGCGAGUUCUCCAUCCAGUGGAACGGAUCGCGGCUGACCAGAGUCGCUAGAGACAACACCAUCGCGACCGUGCUCGAGGUCAAGGAGUCGGCAAAGCAGGGCUACGCGGAGAAUGCCAGGAGGUGGAAGGCUAGCCGGUUGCGCCGUUUUAAGAACCCCGAUUUCCGCCCCUUCUUCGCCCAGGGGCGCGCCGCCCAGUGA